AUGGGCGAUCGAACCGUCCUGACCAGGCACUGCUGGGGAUGCGGCACCGCUCUGAACGUCCCCAAGCUUCCCGGCGGCGGCGAUAGCCCCGCGUUCAAGUGCGUGUGGUGCGAGGCCGUCAACGAGACCGCCCCGCGGAGCAGGCACGGCCGCGUGCGACGGAACCUGGAGCACGCGUUCACGCGCUGGGGCGGGCGCGUCCUCGUGGCGGGCGUCGUCGUCAUCGCGCUCGCCGUCGCGCGCGCCCCCGUCGCGCGCUUCGCGCCGGUCGUCUACCCGGAAUCCCCCGCCGCGCGCCUGGCCAUCGCCGCGCUCACCCUCGCGCUGCUCUUCAACGUCUUCUUCAAUUACUACCACGCCGUCGUCGCCGAGGCCGGUUCGGUGGCGCACCUUCCCAGGCCCGUCAACCCGAGGCCGUUCGACGACGACACGUGGGAGUCAUCAGAAUCGGAGUCGGCGAUGACGAGGGGUACCGGCAUCGCGGACGGACCGGAGCGGACGGACGCGCCGGAGGUGACCCGAGGGGUCUUUGCCGGGUGUCGUUUAUGCGUCCCGUGCGGACGGGCCAAGCCGAGGGGCGCGCACCACUGCCGAACGUGCCGCAAGUGCGUCGCGGGCAUGGACCACCACUGCCCGUUCAUCGGCAACUGCGUCGGCGACGGCAACACCCGACACUUUCUGCUCUUCUGCCUGUACGUCGCGCUCGGGUGCGGUUGGUCCGUGGCGUGGGCAAUCGCGUGCGCUCGAGCAGACGCCGACGGGUACCGAGCCUUUCACGACGCCCUCUUCGACUACGACGCGUACGGCAAGCGCGCGCUCGCGAUCGCCGGCGAACGCGGCGGGUCGAUGGACGAUUUGGCGAAGGUGAACGGCGCGUCCGCGUUUUUCCAAGCGCUGUUCGCGUGGACCUACGCGACGCUCAAGGCGGCGAAGAUGAACGUCCGAGUCGCGUUUGAGCAAUCGCCGGCGUGGGUCAACGCGUGGGCGUUCGUGUGCACGAUCGGGGGCGUGAUAUGCGUCGCCACCGCGGGUCUGUUCGCGAGCACGUUGAACGCCGUGGCGUCGGGGGAGACGUACGUUGAGGCGCUGAAGAGUAGGUCCUCCUCGCGCGGCGGCGGAGGCGGAGGCGGAGCCGGGAGGAGCGCCGGGGUGGGGAUGGCGAGCGUCGGCGACGACGACGGGGGUGAGCUGAGGGACGUCGGGCGCGGGCGGGGCGUUCGCGGCGGCGGCGACGACGGCGGCGACGACUCGUGCGCCCGGGGGUGCACGGCGGCGUUUCGGUGCCUGAGCGGGUACUGCCCCUUUGUCACCGAAUUUUGCGGGUGUUGCUUUUGGUUUUGCGUGCCGAGCGAGUUUGGUCCGGCGCCGUGGUCGAAGAUAGGGAUGUUCCACCUGCGGCAGGUGUUCGGGAGCGGGCACCCGGCGUUUUGGGCGAUGCCCCGCGCGAGCCCGCCGCAGGGCGCGAGGGGAUCGUCGCAGCUGAAGAAGGAGUGA